AUGACCCACAGUCAGCUAUACCCUCUUGAGGUCAACCCUGCAACGGCGGAACCGUUUCUCCGUCUUCCCCAGCCCAAUGAAAACAUCAUUAUUACCCCUCCACGUCUCUCCGACGCGCAAUGUUUCCCGCCGAUUCUGAAUGACCCGCGUGUCUGGCAGUGGCUGGAGGGGCCGCCUAUCCCAUACACGGAUGAACAUGCAGCGGAAUGGAUUGAAAUCAUUACCCAACAAAGUAAAGCUAUCCUAGAUGAACUGACAGCGGAGGAUACGUUGAGACCAGGAGGUUAUCUAAAACUCGUCGGCGGAUGUCCAGUUCGACACAUCCGAGAGGUCUUACCGGACGGAACGGAUGUGUACCUCGGAGACAUCGAUAUCGGGAGAGCACCGUUCGAAGAAAUACUAGAUCCGGAGGAGAGAAGGAAACAAGUUGAGAUUAAUGAAAGCAAGCCGCUCGGAGAUCCCAGCAUUGUUUGGACGUUCGGAGAUUACAUUGCCCCGUCGCACCAUGGCCGUGGGAUCAUGUCGGCGGCCAUGAGGCUUGUCCUAUACUCGUGGGCGAUUCCGAGGAUGGGGGUGCGACAUAUGUCGGGGUAUACCUUUGUGGGAAACGCGGGGAGCCUGCGGGUGUUCGAGAAGAGCGGAUUCGUGUUGAAGGGCGUUCUGGACAACGGAAAGACGGUCAGGGGAGAACGCAAGCGGUUAAAUUAUCUUGAAUGGAAAUGCGAACAGCAGUGA